AACGAAGCCGAAGCCGAAGUCGCACAGCAAAAGCACAGCCGAAGCCGAAGUCCAAGCACCCGAAUGCAGCAGCUGAGCUGCCGCCCGGCUAUAAAUAACCGAGAUGUGCCGCGAGGCGACAUCAGUCCUGACCGGGUUGCACACUUGACGGGUCGUCGCCGGGGUGGUUGUCGUCCUUUAUCGCAUCAUUUGAUGCUUUUGCUGGCUGCGGCUGCUUGUUGCUUCCUGCGUCUUGCUUGUCCUUCGACUCGAAGGCUAUUCGGCGGCAUACUUGGGAUCUAUUUUUGUUGAGUGCACACACACAGCACAUUUGUUGCUGGUUUCUUUUGCGAACAUGUUUACGAAUUGGCUAACGGGCAGCAGUGGCCAAGCGCCUCGGGGCAUUGGCAUCGGCAUCGGCGUCACAGCGCCACCACAGUUGGCCGCUCCACUCUCCGGCGGUGGCGGAGGAAUUAUGAGCACUCCGCCGGAUGUCAUCCUGGAAGUGGGUCCCGCGCCGAGCAGCGUGCGCUUUGUGGCCCACGCUCUGGUGCUGGGCAUGCACAGCGGAUACCUUCGCUCGGCCAUCCGUAUGGAUGAGAGUGCCGCUGCCGCAGCAGGAGUCGCCUCCAGCAGCAGCAGCGGCGUCGGGUCCAACGCACAGGGAGCCGCGGGCGAGCUGCUGCUCUACUUGGGCAAUGUGACGGCGGAGCAGUUUGCGCCGCUGCUCACGUACAUGUACACGGGCUAUCUGGACUUGAACGUGGACAACAUCUUCGCCGUGCUGCUGGCCACCCACGUGCUGCACAUGCCGCGUGCCCUGGAGAUCUGUCGCUCCUUUUUGGCCCGCGCCCAGACCGAGGGCUACCUGAAUGGCAGCGGCAAUCCACCGCCACAACUGUGUCCGACGGCGCCUGCCAGCGCCAAGAUCAUUCGGCCCAUACCCAGCAAGGCGACGCUCCCAAAUUUUGGCUUUCUGCCCGUGCCCCUGCCACUGGCGCCGCCUCCACCACCCCCAGCAGCAGCAGCAGCAGCAGCGGCUGCAGCGGCGGUGCCUACGCCUGGCUAUGCGGGCGCCGCUUCCUUGCUGCACGUGGAGCCAGAGUAUCCCGGACUGAAUGUGUCUGUGGAUGAGGAGGAGGAGGAGGAUGUGGAGGUGUUCAUCGACAGCAACACGGUCACCGACAACGAGAACGAGGACAUGGAGACGGAGGACUGCAAUGUGUCUGUCGUCAGCUCAAUGGCCAGCAGCAGUGCGGGCAGCCUCAACAUCGAGCGGCUGGAUGCAAAGCCAACGACACCCACACCCACACCCACACCCAACCCAACACCAACGCCCACACCCAAGCCGCAGGCAGCUCCAAGCAGAACCAAGAAAGAACCAGCAGCGGCAGCCACUGCCCCGCCCAGGGGCUCCCGCUCCGCGGCGAGCGGCAAAGGCAGCGGCAAGGCUGGCAGGAGAAACACUGCGAGCGGACUCCAGGUGGCCAAGGCCCCGGUGCCGGCUGCCCAGCUGGAGACAGCCACGGCGGCGAUGCCCUCGAAGUUCAUCAUUGACGUGGCCAGCUGCGAUGGACCCGUGCGCUUUCGUCGCAUCCUGAACACCGCCUACGGCCACAAGCCGGAGGGCCUGGACGCCAGCACGGAGCAGUGCGAGCAGCAGCGGACACAGCAGAGCGUCAGCUAUUCGUUUCAUCAGCAAAUGGCCAGAGCCAUUAGCAGCCAGCAGCGGCAGCAGUUCCAUCAGCAGCAGCAGCAGCAGCAGGAGGAGAGCGAGAACAGUGGCGAUGCCACAGGAGGAGCCGCACCAGCGAAUAGUCGAAAGCAGGCGAAUGCAGGAGCUGCCGCGACUGCCAGCAGCAGCAGCAGCAUCGGAGCAGCAGCAGGACCUCAAGCCCACAGCCAGGAGCUGUAUGUUUGCGUCUACUGCAAGCACACGUUCAAGUCGCAAUAUUGCUACCAGAAGCACGCCAAGCGGCAUCUCAAUCCGCUGAGCCUGGCCAGUGCCGAGAAGAAGCUGGUGGCCAGCGCUGAUCAUGGUCUCGCGGCCAUGGAAUCCAGCAGCUCUGGGCAGGACAGCAGUCAGCCGCAGGAAGCCACAGCAACAGCAGCAGCCGGAGGAGCAGCAGCAGCAGCGGCAGGAGGAGGAGCAGGAGCAGCGGCAUCGACAGCUGCCACAACAAGCGCUUUGAUGCGUCGCGAGGUGCGACCCUUGGACAUGAAUGUCCAGUAUUAUCCCUGCAAGACAUGCGGCAGCAAGUUCCCCAGCUACUAUUUUGUGCACAAGCAUCGCAAGAUGUGCCAUGCCGAUGAGAUUGAAGCGGCAGCAGCAGCGGCAGCCACCAGCACGAGCACCGCUUCAGGAGGAGCAGCACCAGCAACAGGCACUGGAAACUCCUCUAAGAGAGAGACAACGCUGGAACCAGCAGAGGAUCAACAGCAGCAGCAGCCACAGCCACAGCCGUAAGGCUUCACUCAACGAAUCUUCUUGUGGCACAAAUCAAAAGCAACGAAAUCUACGAAUUUACGAACAAAAACAACACUCAAAAACACACACAA